GGGAGAUAAAGGUGACGGAUAGGGAACAGGAGGAGGAGAGGCUGCAGCAAGGCACAAGGUGAGGGGACAAAGAGAGAGAAGAUGUGAGAAGGCGCCUGGUGCUCGAAGGAAAAUCAGUAGAGGACAGAAGCCACCAAACGAUGCCUGGGAAGUUUCAGACUGGUCUGAGGGUGCUAGGCACUAGCCUCUUUGCUUUGCUGGUGUUGGGGGGCAUCUUGGCUGCAUAUGUGACAGGGUAUCAGUUUAUACAUACUGAUCGACACCAUCUCUCAUUUGGGCUGUACGGAGCCAUCCUGGGUCUCCAUUUACUCUCUCAGAGCCUCUUUGCCUUUUUGGAGCACAGGAAGAUGCGGGGAGGUGGACGGCGUCCUACAGGAAAGUCCACAGUGGCACUUUGCAUUGCAGCAUAUCAAGAGGACCCAGAAUAUUUACGAAAAUGUCUGCGGUCAGUACGCCGCCUCUCAUAUCCUCACCUUCGUGUGCUGAUGGUGGUGGAUGGGAACACAGAAGAGGACAGAUAUAUGAUGGACAUAUUCCGAGAGGUCAUGGGGUCAGAGGGAACCUGCUGCUACAUUUGGGACAAAAAUUACCAUGAAUCAGAGGAGGGAGGACAAGAGGGUGAGAGGGGAGUAGAGGAGAUGGUGAAGAACUUCCAGUAUGUCUGUAUCAUGCAGAAGUGGGGUGGAAAAAGGGAGGUCAUGUAUACAGCAUUUCGUGCACUUGGCGACAGUGUGGACUAUGUCCAGGUCUGUGACUCGGACACCGUGUUAGACCCAGCUUGCACUGCUGAGAUGCUGCGCAUUUUGGAGGAAGAUCCUGACGUGGGGGGUGUAGGCGGAGAUGUGCAGAUCCUCAAUAAGUACGAGUCCUGGAUCUCAUUUCUGAGCAGUGUCCGCUACUGGAUGGCAUUUAAUGUGGAACGUGCCUGCCAGUCAUACUUUGGCUGCGUUCAGUGCAUCAGUGGCCCACUGGGAAUGUAUAGGAACAGCCUUCUGCAGUAUUUUUUAGAAGACUGGUACCAUCAAACAUUUUUGGGACAGAAGUGUAGCUUUGGAGAUGACAGACAUCUAACCAAUCGUGUACUAAGUAUGGGAUACCGAACUAAGUAUACAGCUCGGUCUCGAUGCCUGACAGAGACACCGACACGGUAUUUGCGCUGGUUGAACCAACAAACCCGCUGGAGCAAAUCGUACUUCCGUGAGUGGCUGUACAAUGCACUGUGGUUCCACAAACACCACCUCUGGAUGACCUAUGAAUCUGUGGUUACUGGAUUCUUUCCCUUCUUCUUGGUGGCCACAGUGGUUCAAUUAUUUUACCGUGGUCGUGUUUGGAACAUUCUUCUUUUUCUGCUGACAGUACAGCUCGUUGGUAUUGUGAAGGCAACCUAUGCCUGCUUACUUCGAGGUAAUGCUGAAAUGAUUUUUAUGUCACUUUAUUCACUUCUCUACAUGACUAGCCUUCUGCCUGCAAAAAUAUUUGCAGUGAUCACCAUCAACAAGUCUGGCUGGGGCACUUCAGGGCGCAGGAAGCUGGUGGUGAAUUUUAUCGGUAUGGUGCCUGUGUCUGUUUGGUUUUGCAUUCUGCUGGGAGGAUUAGUAUACACAGCAUAUUGUCAGAGUCAAGAUCCAUUUACUGAAACAGAACUGUUAUUCCUGGUGACAGGUGCCAUCUUAUAUGGAUGUUAUUGGGUGGCACUUCUCAGUUUAUAUCUUGCAUUGAUUGCCCGGCGGUGUGGGAAGAGACAAGAGCUGUACAACUUAGCAUUGGCUGAGGUCUGAAGGACAGAAAAAAAGCAGGCUUUAUUUUGUUUACAACGAAAACCUAGGAUGACUACUUGUUUUGAAAUACUAUAAAAGCAUCACAAGUUCAUAAGUUUCCAAAAUAUUACAACUGCAACACACUGAACAUUUUUCAUGCAGCUGAGCACAGCAAAGGCAGACCUGCAUUUUCAAAACUAUUGAUGGAGCUUUUCUCACCAGCAAUGUCUUAAGCAGCUAAGACCAUUCUAUGCAAAUGUAUACCUCAGGCAGAACCAGAGCCAGCUGCCAAAGCAAUAAAGCCCUCAGUGGCGCAGCCUUAACUCAGAACCUGUUCCUGUGAAUAAAAAAUGUAAAAGUAAAGCAUCAACAGAAUACAUAGCACCAAACAAACUAUAAAAGGGAAGAAACAAUGCAAAAUUUGAAACAGGGCGCAACUUUGAUAUCUGUUUACUGUGAUCAGCUGCUAUAAAGCAUUUUACACCAAAAAGUUUAGACUUACCUGAUGGGGAUGUAGUAUCAUACUUCUGCAGGAAAAAAUAAGCCAAAUGAUCAAAAUCCUAUUAAAAAUGUUUGAUAACAAGGCUGGUGGGUGUGUAAAUGGGAAAUAUACAAACAAUGUAGGUCAAGGGCAUCCUGCACACACACACAAAUAGUUGUGCUGGGCCUUCUUUAUCUACUUGAACUACAUUGAUUGAUGUAGUCAUACGUCAGGGAGCUGCACCAACAGAAGUAAAGCUAUUUACAUGCACAGGGAGUGUUCCCAAUUCUAAAAUUUAGUGGAAGAAUAUAAUGUGUGCUAUGUCACAUGGUUGCGAAUAUGGUGGAUUCCUGGAACAGCAAUACAGUAAGAUAAGACUGAAAAAAAAACUUUCUGCUUUUUGGAAAAUAUGCAUGAAAAUAGUGGCCCAGUGACCUUUGCUAGCUGAAGCAUCAUAGUCGUUAUGAGAUUGAUCUUUUCAACAAUAACAAUUUAUAUUAACCCAUGGGAUUUUAUUGUUUGGUGAAUGCUGCACUUUUGAAAUUCCAUGCAGGCCUUAUAAAGAAACAAACAUCAGUCCUACUUACCUCUGGAUGCAGCUUUACAUUUUUUUCCAUAACUGAACUUUUAUGGCUGUUUUAUUAUUGUUAUGCAUGAUUUUUUAAAACCCUAUGCUCAUGCUGCUAGAUAGCCUGUAGAUCAGCACCGUCCAGCUUAUUACAUGUAGUGGGACGAUUAUUUCUCGUAUAAGUUCGAGGGCAGGAUUAAAUUGGAAUGAAGAUGUCAUACAGUGAGGUGUAUGGAGUCUUUGAGCAGUAUGGGAGCCAUAAAAAGUCUUUGGAGGGUGACAUCUGGCCUGAGGGCCUCCAGCUGAACAGCUUUGAUAAAGAUAUAAUAUAAAAAGUAAUGUAUGUAUAAAUUACUUUCUAGUUAUCUUUAGAACAGUGAGCUAGGCCAUGAAUCCUGACUCCUUGAUUAUAACUGUAGGAUUUACAGCCUUUAGUGUAAUACCUGGUGCUCUUAAGUGACAGCGCAAAAAUGCAGCACUGCGCGUUUGUGAAUGAUAAAUAUUUUUCAGUUGACAUCACAAGUAGUUUGCAGGCGAUUCCAAAGCAGAGUGAACAGUAGGGUCAGUAUAAAGCAUAUCAGCUAUGUGCGUUACCCUUAGGCUAUGAUUAGAUGCCCUCCUUUCUGAAAUUGUUAAAAUGUUAAAGGAAAUUUACUUUAAGUGCUGUACAUGGACCCUAUUGCUGCCUACCACCUACCUAUCACUCAUCUUUCCAACCUCAUAUUUGUUGUAGCUAUCCUGUGGCUUGCUAUGUUUUCCAUGCUCAAAAUAUAUUAAAAUUCCCAAAUUACCCCCAUCACUUCAUGUGAAUCCCAUGAAAACACCAGCAAAGAUGACUUUCAUGAAAGAACUGUGUAAAAUUGCCCAAACUAAGAUUAUGGAUUGCCAACACAGUUGCUAGGUGUGUCUGCCAGGCAACCUCUUUUCUAUUUAAUAUGACUUUUAUGUACCUGAAAAUGCAAACAUCAGAAAACGAUUUAGCUAAAAGAUGUAUGGAUACAUUAGUACCCCUACAGCAAUACUAAAAUGAUGUACAAUUAUUAUUUC